GAGUUCAGCAUUUAAGCUUUUGUAGUGCCAUAAGAACCACAAUUUUUGCCAUUGAGCGAGAGAAAGAGAGAGAAUUCUCCGGUGUGGAAAGUGCGCGCAAGCAUCCUUUCAUCGGUCCCCGGAAGAAGAAGAGUUUUGGAAAAAAAGGAAAACCGAGUGCGCGAUCGAUUCCCAUCCUAGAGCUUCUGGGCAGUGACACCGGAAACAAUAGUAUGAAAAUAUGAGUGCGUCCACACCGCCAACGCAACAGUCGGCCGCUGCCGGUGGCCCCCCGGUGCCGCCGGUGAAACCGAUCCUCUCGUCGCCCGGUGCCUACAUGGCCAACUUUCAGCCCGCCAGUGGGGGUGCCCCGGUCGCCACCGCGACGCCACCGACGAUCACGGCCGGCAUCCAUGGGACCAACAAAACGCACGAAAAGCCCACGAUAGCCGCCCGGCCGAUACCGCCUCCGAAGUUGCCAAACUAUUCGUCCUCGUUCAACAAGAUCGAUCGCGAUCGCAACGAGUUCACCAAGAUGGACAAGGCGGAAAGGGAAAAGUUGGCAACGAAGCGCGAAAUGUUUUUCAAAUCGGAAAGCAAUAGCCCGUCGGGACCGCCACCGAACCCGCCGGUGGCAGGGCUGAACAAUCUCAACCUGGCUAACAACAAUGUGAUCCAUAACAACAACGCAUCGCAUCUAAACAACGCCUCGAACGCCGCGGGCAACGAAAAGCACAACAGCGGCAGUGCCGUGAGCGGCGGCGGUGGCAUUAACAACAGCUCGCAGGCCACUACUACCACUAACACCAGCUCAUCAUCGUCGUCGUCGAUUGGCGCAAUGGUCUCUAAUCACAGUACUACUAACAACAAUCACAGCAGCUUAAACGGAGCGGCGGUCACGAACGGCGGUGGCGGCGGUGUCAACGGGCUGGCCACCAGUAUGAACAGUAUUUCGCUGAAGGAGAAACGGGACGCACUGCUGAACCACCACGUGGACGGUUCGGCGAACGGGCACGGCCACCACCAUCACCCGGAGACGGGUAAGCUGGCGGUCGAGCGCCACGAGAAGGAGAAGCCGGUGGUCAAGUCGAAGCCGAAGGAACUGGACGGCUACGUGGGCUUCGCGAACCUGCCGAACCAGGUGUACCGGAAGGCGGUCAAGAAGGGCUUCGAGCUCACGCUGAUGGUGGUCGGCGAGUCGGGACUCGGCAAGUCGACCCUCAUCAACUCCAUGUUCCUGUCGGACAUUUACCAUACCGAGCAGCACCCGGGACCGUCGCAGCGCAUCAAGAAAACGGUCGCCGUCGAGAGCACCAAGGUGCUGAUGAAGGAGAACGGUGUGAACCUCACGCUGACCGUCGUCGAUACGCCCGGGUUCGGGGAUGCCGUGGACAACAGCAACUGCUGGAUACCGAUCGUGGACUUUGUGGAGUCCAAGUACGAGGAGUACUUGACGGCCGAAUCGCGCGUCCACCGGAUCGCCAUCCCCGAUACGCGUGUGCACGUUUGUCUGUACUUUAUCGCCCCAUCCGGGCACGGGCUGAAACCGUUGGACAUUGAGUUUAUGCAGCGGCUGUGCGAUAAGGUCAACAUCAUACCGGUCGUCGCGAAAGCGGACACACUGACCCCGGAGGAAAUCACACUGUUCAAGAAGCAGAUUCUCAAUGAAAUUGCACAGAACAAGAUUAAGAUUUAUGAUUUCCCGGACCCGCUGGAUGAGGAGGAGGACGCCAAAGUGCUGCGGCAGCUACGCAGCCGCGUACCGUUUGCGGUUGUCGGGGCCAACGCCAUCAUCGAGAUCGAUGGCCGCAAAGUGCGUGGACGGCGCUAUCCGUGGGGUAUCGCCGAAGUUGAAAACUUGGAACACUGCGAUUUCAUCGCCCUGCGCAACAUGGUCAUCCGGACGAACCUGCAGGACCUGAAGGACGUAACCAACAACGUGCACUACGAAAACUAUCGCUGCCGAAAGCUGGCCGGGCUCGGCAGUGAUGGGAAGGCCAAACUAAGCAAUAAGAAUCCGCUGGCUCAGAUGGAAGAAGAGAAGCGAGAGCACGAGUCGAAGAUGAAAAAGAUGGAAGCCGAAAUGGAACAGGUGUUCGAGAUGAAGGUGAAGGAGAAGAAGCAAAAGCUCAAGGACUCGGAAGCGGAGCUCACCAGGCGCCACGAGGAGAGAAAGAAGGCACUGGAGCUCCAGAUCCGUGAGCUGGACGAUCGCCGGAAGGCGUUCGAGCACGAGAAGGCCGAUUGGGAGCAACAGAAUGGCGUCACCCUGGACGAACUGCGCCGCAAGAGCCUGGAAGCGAACAGUAAAGAAACUGUGGACGGCAAAGAUAAAGGUAAGAAAAAGAAGGGCCUGUUCUAGAGUUUCGGACACCGUUAGAGUGUGGUGUGAGCCGAUGGCGGAAAAGUGUGCGUGCGUCUGCGACACUCUCUCUCACAUCCGGGGAAUUAUGAUCCGGAUACAUUGAGUGCGAGUGGCCUAGAGACAGAAAACUGCAUUCUACCCUAUGCCGGGGUAGCCCACCAGCCAGCGAUGCGCAGCCAUUGCAGUAAUAUGGAGCCGCACGCGGGAGCCUCUAAGAGAACUGGCCGCCACCGCGCCCGCACACUUUUACUGCUGUUACUCCCGCUCUGCCGCUACACCUCAAACGGAGCAAAAAUUGUAAAGUUAAACACACUACACACACUUCAUAGAUCGAUCAGAAAGAGCUCAUGAACUUUCCUCACACACCGCGCCGCGUCGAUCAUCGAUCAUCGAUAUGAUCACGUGACGCAGCGCCAGCACAGCAUCGUUACCCCCCUCCUACUUAUAACGAUCGUUUAUCGUGGCGCGUAAAUCAUUGUAUUCCUGGUGUGCGUGUGUGUUUGUAUUAAAAGUAAGCUGAAGGCAUAGAAAGGAUAUCGGAAAAGGAUCGGACCUUUCGGGGCUGCCGCUUUCCUCCGUCAUACGUAAUGCUCCCAAAAAAAUAACAAAAUCAUAAAAUUACAAGCCAUGUUACUGUGUGCGUGUGAGCAAAACAACAAAACGUGACGGUUUCCGGAAACGUACACUAAACUCAAAAUUACGGCCCACCGCUUUCAUGUUGUCGGAUUGUUUGGGCCCCCUUUUUUGUGUGUAAUACAAACAACGAUGAAAUAAUAGUUCAACAAAAACGCAAGCGCACACCACCAACAACAACAACCCUGCUAACGGAUAUAAAUGCCAUAUAUUAGUAUUUAACGUGUAUUGUAUAUUUAUUGCAUCGUUUGUUUUUAAGAUAAAAUGGCUUAUUUUUAUAUGACGAAGAAAACGAAAUAGUGGCGUGGUAGACAACCAUUUUGUAAAUCUUAUUUUUUCCCUUUUAUCGUGUGUAUACACACAUACACACACCAGAGACGAGAGACCGUGCGGACAUUGAUAGGCAAAGAAUUGAACAAAGUUGCACAAAGAGACACGAGCUACUAUAGAGCUUGUAAUGACGAAAACGCGGGUAAGACACAAAACAGAGUGCAGCUAACCACACAAACACACGUUUUUCAAGAUACUUGGAAAGUUGGAAAGAGAGAUUUAUUUAUGAGAUUAACGGAAGACAACCAACAAUCACAAUGUUGAAGUUGUGUGAACGAUGGAAUGGUUUAUGCACCUCUCGAACGCGAACGCAAUGCAACAACGAACAACAACAUAUAUUAGAACAAUCGUCUUCGCUCAAUUCGACAAAACACACAAGACACGUUCCUCGGCGAUUGAAAGCGAUUUAAAAGUAUAUAAAAUAAUUAAAUAAUUCACUUAUAGAGUGCAACAUAUAAAACAGGAAGCAAUUGAUAACAGCAAACAAAAAACAUCAAGAAGCAACGGCGAUAAGAUUUCACGACUUUUCUCUUUUUGAUAAUUAGAAUGAGCAAUUGUCACGCCAAGCGCCGCCCCGUUCGGCUGUGACACGGCACACGGCCUACUAUACUACCCCGUUUGCAAGCAGGGCUAACUAGGAUCAAGAAGGUUUAGAUAGAAAGGCACCGCGCGUACUAUGUGUGUCGCGCGCACAACAAGCAUCUUGGAAUUAAGAAUAAGAGAGCGACCACCGACACAUACCCGGGCGGCGGGUGCAUUGAGUAGCACACAGCCUACUUUCUACAGAGAGAGUACAACAAACAACGAAUGAUAGAAAGGAGGCCCUUCCCGACCAGAGAGUCACCGUCGGAGCACGACAAACCCGGGGGGGCGACGUCAAAUGAUAUUUUCCGUACGUGUGGAAAGUAUGCAUUUCAUUUCGACGUCCGUCGCGAUCGAUUGGACGCAUUGGGCGUGGUGGCGAAGAAUAAAUCCUUUUUAAAAUAUUCCUGCACCCAUCUCGGCGCAUUCGCGCGUACUGCGACACCGGCCCCGGCCUCCUCUUAGAGACUUCCGGUGACCGGCAUUAUUUGUAGCGAAACAGAGGGAGAGAGAGAGAGAGAGAGUGGCGUGUGCAAACCAAUAGAACCGCAAAAGAAAAGGUAUAUUUUCUGCUUUCCGAGAGCGCGCCUAGUUAAACCAAGGGCCGUGAAGGUCGCCAAAUGAUGAUGGCUUUUAAAAGUUUAAUAUCCAAUCAAAUCUGUACAAAACGAAAGAUAAAUUUGAACUCUCAAUACUCUCUCCGAACAAAAAACCACACACAACCCACAUCAAAUAAAACUCUUAAAGCAUUCGCGUCUCACGUUCUGAUAGCACGUUCUGAUAGCAAAAGAAAGAUUAGGUGAAAUGAUGAUGAUGAGAGAGAGUGACAGGGAUACAAUCAUUUAUUCCCCGUGGACCACCGGAACCCUGGGUGUCCAGUAGAGCAACAGUUAAGAUCGAUUUACUAUUAACGAUACUGUGUAAAAGACACACCACUCUUGGUAGAGUAGAAGGGGCGCGCAAACGAUGCCGUCGUCGCGCACAUAUAGGAGCGUCGUUUUUAAAAGGGCGCAACAGGUUAAAACGCGAGGACAACAAUUGAAACCGUGUGUGGUGACACACACGUGAGACUGAUUAUGAAGCUCAUUUUGCUCAAAAUGUCUCACUGCUGCUAGAGCUGCUUGUGCUUGCUUGUUUGGCUUGCUUAAGUUUUGUUUAAUGGAGCGAAAACUGCACGCGUAGAAAAAAAACGUCCGAUCAGUCGCCGAUAUCAGGAGGGCGCACGCGUUAUCACGCGGAUAGAAGCAUUCUUAUCGACAAGAAUCGUGUUCAAAAAGGCGGAAAACGUGACCGAAUUUGUUUGCCAAUUGCGCGCACACUCUCUCAUUCGCUACGCGCGCUUUGCGUUACACGCGAUCGAUCAAACGAUCAAGCUUUUAGGUGUGUAUGUGUCCCCCUAGGCUCUCUUUCGCACCCUCGCUCUCUCGCUCUCAGUUUAUUACGUUUUUUUCUCCUAAACAUAAAAUGCUUAUUAUACUGUAGUCAUAUAAAGAGGAAAACUAUAAACACCUACCAAAAUAAGCAGAGUGAAAUAUUGGAAUAGAGCUGGUGGGUGAUGGGGUUGGCCGACGCGUCUGGUGUGUCACAAGAGUCUCAUGGCCUGUGCGGGGUCGGAACAGAACAAGCAGAGCGGAGCAGUGCAACACGUGUUGUGGAUGGGCAGAGGAUAACACGGCAUGAGACCAACGAUUUAUGCGCACCUAUGCUUUGUGUUGUGAGAACAGGAUUAAACAAAAAUUAUUAAACAAGACGGGGA